CUUCCCAUGAUGCACUGAGGCGGCUCUAAGUCCCCCCAGUGCGCCGCCAUGUUGUCGGAGUGAUAGGUAGCGGUAGGGACAAGGCUCCGGGGGCUGAGAGAGAUACUGACACAAUCCGGCUUCAUCCUCCCGCUCCGCCCGUGUUGGUGGAAUGAGCGUUGCAUGUGUCUUGAAGAGGAAAACGGUUCUCUGGCAGGACUCCUUCAGCCCCCACCUGAAACAGUACACAGACGGUGCCCUCAACCACAACAUGCCCGUGGUCCUGACGUCUGGACCUGUGGGCCAGCAGCAGCCUCUGCAGCACCCAAACCAUUCUGCAUUGGCUGCUGGUCCCCACGCAAGCCCUGUGGGCAGCUCAAUGGGUGUAGCUGGACGCUCACAGGAUGAUGCUAUGGUGGAUUACUUCUUCCAAAGGCAACAUGGCGAGCAACUUGGGGGUGGAGGAAGCGGUGGAGGCGGUUACAAUAAUAGCAAGCACCGUUGGCCGACUGGAGAUAAUAUUCAUGCAGAGCAUCAGGUGCGUUCCAUGGACGAGUUAAAUCAUGAUUUUCAGGCCCUUGCAUUGGAAGGCAGAGCAAUGGGAGAACAACUGUUGCCUGGCAAAAAAUUCUGGGAGACCGAUGACUCCAACAAGGAUGGACCAAAAGGCAUUUUUCUGGGGGAUCAAUGGCGAGAGAGUGCGUGGGGGGCAUCAGAUCAUUCUGUCUCCCAGCCUAUCAUGGUCCAGAGGCGACCAGGUCAGGGAUUUCAUGUUGGCAGCGAAGUGAACUCUGUGCUCUCCCCUCGUUCUGAAAGUGGUGGUUUGGGAGUCAGCAUGGUGGAGUAUGUUCUCAGCUCCUCUCCUGGAGACAACUGCCUGAGGAAAGGAGGAUUCGUAAGUGCCUCUCCCUUAAUACAAACAAGGGGGGCCCUUCGAUUGCCAAGAUAUAGAAAAAUGCAGGGUCCUCGGGAUCCAGAAGGAGAUGAGAAUGACAAGGGGGAUAAAAAGAGCAAAGGUGUUUAUGAAGGGGACAAGUUAGGAGACCUGAAGGAGGAAGGGGAUGGUAUGGAUAAAGCUAAUGGGAUGCCAGUACAGAAUGGAAUCGAUGGUGAUGUAAAAGACUUCAGCCGUACCCCAGGAAACUGCCAGAACUCUGCAAGUGAGGUGGACCUACUUGGACCAAGCCAAAAUGGCUCUGAUGGUCUUUCUCAACUGACUAACAGCAAUGGAGCCAAACCAGUGGAAGAUUUUGGCGGCAUGGAGUCUCAAAGUAUCCAGCUAGAUCCCAUGGAACAUGUUGGCAUGGAACCUCUACAGUUUGAUUACCAAGGCAACCAAGUUCCAGUGGAUUCAGGGGCUACUACAGUAGGCCUCUUUGACUACAAUUCGCAGCAACAGUUGUUCCAAAGACCGAAUGCUCUGGCAGUACAGCAACUCACAGCAGCUCAGCAGCAGCAGUAUGCCCUGGCAGCAGCACACCAACCGCACAUAGGUAUGUUUUCAGCAGGUUUAGCCCCCGCUGCCUUUGUACCAAACCCUUACAUCAUCAGUGCGGCCCCACCUGGAACCGAUCCCUAUGCAGCAGGACUGGCAGCAGCUGCAACUCUCGGUCCAGCAGUGGUACCUCACCAAUAUUAUGGAGUGACUCCAUGGGGGGUUUACCCUGCCAACCUCUUCCAGCAGCAGGCAGCAGCGGCAGCCGCAGCAAGCAACUCUGCAUCCCAGCAGAACAACCCACAGAAUCAGCAAGGGCAGCAGCAGGUUCUACGUGCAGGAGGGAACCAGCGACCUCUAACUCCUAAUCAAAAUCAACAAGGACAACAAAAUGAUCAGUUAGUGGCAGCAGCUGCUGUGAAUUCUGCCCUUGCCUUUGGGCAAGGGCUUGCUGCUGGUAUGCCAGGAUAUCCUGUACUGGCUCCCGCUGCUUACUAUGACCAAACGGGGGCUCUUGUUGUAAAUACUGGGGCCAGAAAUGGAUUGGGUGGUCCUGUUCGGUUGGUAGCUCCUGCACCUGUUAUUAUUAGUCCGUCAGCAGCACAAGCAGCUGUUGCAGCAGCAGCGGCCUCUGCAAAUGGACCAGGUGGCAAUAAUAAUGGACCUUUUCGUCAGUUGAAUUCUCAGCAGCCUCAGGGACAGCCACAGCCGCAAGGCAACCAGAAUUUGGCGUCAAGUUCUUUUUAUGGCAACAACUCCCUGACGAAUAACUCCCAAAGCAGCUCCUUGUUCUCACAGAGUUCGGGUCAGCCAGCAAACAGUUCAUUAGGGUUUGGCAGUAGUGGAUCACUGGGAGCAACUCUCAGUUCAGCUCUAGGUGGCUUUGGAACAGCAGUUGCCAAUUCUAACACUGGCAGUGGCUCUCGCCGUGAUUCUCUGACUGGCAGCACUGACCUGUACAAAAGGACUUCCAGUAGCUUGAAUCCAAUUGGCCACAGUUUCUACAAUGGCCUUGGUUUCUCCUCUUCUCCUGGUCCUGUGGGAAUGCCACUUCCGAGCCAGGGGCCCAGCCAUUCCCAGACACCGCCACCAUCUUUAUCCUCCCAUGGGUCGUCUUCCAGCCUCAAUCUUGGCGGCCUGACAAAUGGCAGCGGACGUUAUAUAUCUGCUGCCCCAGGGGCAGAGGCUAAGUACCGCAGUGCAAGUAGUGCGUCAAGCUUGUUUAGCCCAAGCAGCACACUAUUUCCCUCUUCCCGCCUCCGGUAUGGCAUGUCUGAUGUGAUGCCAUCAGGAAGAAGCAGACUGUUAGAGGACUUUCGGAACAACCGCUAUCCCAACCUUCAGCUUAGAGAAAUAGCUGGUCAUAUUAUGGAGUUUUCCCAGGACCAGCAUGGAUCCAGGUUCAUCCAACUGAAGCUUGAGCGUGCAACUCCAGCAGAGAGGCAGUUAGUAUUUAACGAGAUCCUGCAGGCUGCGUAUCAGUUGAUGGUGGAUGUAUUUGGAAACUACGUCAUUCAGAAAUUUUUUGAGUUUGGAAGCCUAGAACAGAAACUGGCACUGGCAGAACGAAUUCGUGGACAUGUUCUCUCCUUAGCUCUGCAGAUGUAUGGAUGUCGGGUGAUUCAGAAAGCGCUGGAGUUUAUCCCACCUGACCAACAGGUUAUUAAUGAAAUGGUUCGGGAGCUGGAUGGUCACGUUUUGAAAUGUGUGAAGGACCAAAAUGGAAAUCAUGUUGUACAGAAGUGUAUAGAGUGUGUCCAGCCGCAGUCUCUGCAGUUCAUCAUCGAUGCCUUCAAGAGUCAGGUAUUUGCACUUUCCACGCAUCCGUACGGCUGCAGAGUUAUCCAGAGGAUCCUGGAGCACUGUCUUCCUGAGCAAACCCUGCCUAUUUUGGAGGAGUUACACCAGCAUACGGAGCAAUUAGUACAGGAUCAGUAUGGGAACUACGUCAUACAACAUGUUUUGGAACAUGGCCGACCGGAAGACAAGAGUAAGAUUGUUGCAGAGAUUCGGGGCAAUGUUUUGGUUCUGAGUCAGCACAAGUUUGCUAGUAAUGUAGUGGAGAAGUGUGUGACACAUGCGUCUCGCACAGAACGGGCAAUGCUAAUUGAUGAAGUGUGUUCGAUGAAUGAUGGGCCUCACAGUGCCUUAUACACCAUGAUGAAGGAUCAGUAUGCCAACUACGUGGUACAGAAAAUGAUUGAUGUGGCUGAGCCAGCCCAACGCAAGAUUGUCAUGCACAAGAUCCGACCACAUAUUGCCACUCUUCGGAAAUAUACGUAUGGCAAACACAUUCUUGCCAAGCUGGAGAAAUACUACAUGAAGAAUGGUAUGGAUCUGGGUCCAAUGUGUGGGCCUUCCAAUGGCAUCAUCUAGAGAGCUUCCUGAACCCCACCGUUUCACCCCUAUUUCUGCCCACCACGUGGGAGAUUCAGGGUGUAACUAACCUUUAACCGACCUUUGUAAAUGUCUUUAAUUUUAUUACACCUGACAUAUUAAUUAUUAUUAUUAUUUUUAAAGAUCAACUUAACCCUCCCUCACUGUAUUUCUGUAUAGAAUCACUUGUACAUAUCUUGUACAUGUCCUACCCCCCCCCCUUGCUGAACGCACUUUCCUCCAAUAUGUGCGCCAGAGCCCAUGUGAAUAAAUUUGCUCGCUCCAAAGUCCAAAAGGAUACUGAAACUUUUUUAAGCUGAAACAUGUUGUUCCCCUCAUCUUUGUUUUAUUUUAAAACAUGCUUUGAUUAACCAGAGUUCUCCAUUUCUAUACGUACGUUCGUAUACAUACAAUUUUUUUUUUUCCAAGCAAAUUCUGUUUUAUCGUGCAGAAAUUGGAGUCGAGGCAGGUGUAAGACUGCCCUUUUUACGACUGUAUUAUUUGAUUUCAAAUGAGACUUACUUUAGCAUGUCCACCUUAAUUCUAACCCCUAUACCCUUUUUUCUUUUUUUUUGCUUUGUAUAAAUAUGUAGUGUAUACUUGAUAUAGAUAUUUGCAUAUAUAUAUAAAAAUUUGUAGUAUUUUUUCUUUUAGUUUUUUUGAUGUUUAAAAUACAGAUGUAUCCUGCAGUUAGUGGACAUAACCCCUUUUGACUGUAAAAUUGUACAUUUGUAAAACCUCAGUAAUGUAAAUGUGAGUUUGAAAAUCGACAUAACCCCCUCCCUUUUUUUGGUAAGAGAUAAGAAAAGGCAAAAAAAAAUAAUAAACUUUAGGCCAAAUUGCAUUUCCAGAAUUCUUCUACAGAUAUAUUGGUCGUGAUGUUGUAAAUUGUAAAUUGUAAUUUCUGCCGGGCAAGACAAAACCGCAUAUUUCCCCUUCUCUUUUUUUAGUUGGUGUUUGAUAGCUAAUUUUACUUCCAUGAAUAAUUUGGAUGAAUGUUAAAUUUGCUCUAAAUUAAUGAACAAAUCUUUUAAAAUUAGCCGACUGCAAAUAUGUUUGACCAAUUUGGAAAUCUACGAGCUGAAACAGCCCUCAUCCAGUUGGAAAUCUUGUUAGUAGUUCUUUCCUGUACAGACUAUAACGUUUUGUUUUGCAUUUUGUCUCACUUGUAAGUUGCUGUAACAUAUUGUCCACUUAAUUCUUUCUUGUUUGAAUAUACAAAUGUAAUAGUUAAACGGUGUAUAUUUACAACAGACAUGAAAUCCCCUCUCUUUUGUGUAUAUUACAAAUGAAUUUUUCCAAGCACACUUGUUUAACUGUAUGUGUAUAAUUAAGAAUCCCCUUUUCAAUUGCCGGAUGGUGCAAGGAGGAUGGCAAUGGAGAAGGGGCAUUAUUGGCCCUGUGGAUGCUUCUGAUUUAGCAAUUAUUUUUUGUACUUUGUGUAGAAUGUCUAUAAACGAUGUGUGAUCUUUAUUUUGAAAAUUACAGAACUUUGGAAUCUC